ACGAGCUCGACGACCGUCCAAAGCACCAGCUCUGGCUCUGCUGCGGGGCUUUCGGCAGACCAGCAGCUCUGCGUCUCGGAGUUCAACAUCAAUGCCGCUGCAAACGCGUCCACCUACCCAUGCUCUACAUGCUUCCCUGUUCUGCAGAGCAUCCCAUCCAGCAUUUCAUCUUCAAGCUCGGAGACUGCUCAACAGAUCUCAAACGCCCUGCAGUUCUGUGCCCUCAACAGCGUGUUCAAUGAAAUGGACCAGGCCGGCCAGAGUGCACUCACGACCGGCGGUUGGGUGCAGAACGUGCAGUUCUGCUCGUGGAGCGGAGUGCAGUGUGACGGCAGUGGCAGAGUAUCUUCGCUGAAACUGUCCUUCCCUUCAGUCCCGGCUGUUAUCCCGGGCCAGAUUGACGGACUGACGAUGCUACAGACGCUGCAACUUGUCGGCAAUAAUGCCGUACCAGCCGGGAGCCUUCCAUCGUCCUUCAGCAAUCUGACGGAACUUUCAUCGUUUGAGUUGGAGUCAACAGCCAUCACUGCGUUCCCCAACGCGCUGUUCUCCUCGCUGAAGAACAUCACAUCGCUCACGCUGGUGAAGAAUGCGCAUAUGGGGAAUGCCCUUCCGUCCAGCCUGACCUCCACAUCGCUGCAGAGCCUUGUCGUGACGAACCAGGCCCUGAGUAAUCCCCUCGCGCUGCUCGCCAGCAGCACCUCGUUGCGAUCCUCGCUCACAUUACUCGACCUCUCGGCCACGAACCUGACAGGCACGAUCCCCUCCUCG